AUGCAACUUAUUAGAAGCUUCCAAAAACUUUCAUCGUUCCUUCUAACCGGAAACGAUGUUAGAUCAACUAGUUCACCUUCACCACCGGUCAUAAAACCCGGAACCACUACCCUAAAGACGCCUAAUAGCCGCCAUUUUCAUGGUUUAGAAGGUGGAGGGAGCUCUUCUUUCAUCAAGAUUCAGGGAAACGACCACCGUGACAUUAGAAUAUCAGAUGAUGAUGAUGCAAGUUGGUGUAGUGGUAUGCUAACGAGUGAGCUAAAAACUUCUGUCACAAAUCUUGAGGCUUCAGAUUAUAUUCGGAGGUUCCAUGAGAGGAACAAACAUGAAUAUGUUUAG